UAUUUUUUUAGCUAAAAAUGGCUUCGAUUUCAAAUGAAGAAAUUGAAAACAUACUGCAAAAUCUUGUUGAUGAUGAUUUUCACGGUGAGUCCUGUUCUGAAGAUGGCGAGAUAUCCGAAGUAGGGGAUAAUUUAUCCAUACAUUCAGAAGAAGAAGACGAAAUUGGUGCUGAUGACAUAAGUGACGACGAUAAUGAUCCAGUAAAUCCAACGAAAGCGUUAUUAAAAGGUAAGAAUGGACAUAUUUGGUCAACUGUUGCACGAACUUCGAGUAAGACACCACGCAGAAACAAAAUCUGUGUAUCUAUUCAACGACUGGCGAGGGGUGCUGCUCAAAACAUUGUAACUGAAAAGGAUGCAUUUACAACUUUACUUAACGAGGAAAUAAUUGACUUAAUUGUGUUAUACACUAAUCAAGAAAUUGACCGACGUGCUCCAAAAUAUGAAAAUCAACGAUAUGUUCAUAAAACUGAUAGUACAGAAUUCAAAGCGUUGAUAGGCCUUUUGCUCUUUUCUGCUAUAAAUAAAGACAAUCGUAAAAGUGCAAACGAUAUGUGGUCACCAUUUAGUGCUGCUGUUUACAAAUCAAUUAUGAGUGCAAAUCGUUUCCAAUUUUUACUGAACUGCGUACGAUUCGAUGACAAGACUCAAAGAGGUGGAGAAGACCCCUUUGCCGCUUUUAGACAAAUAUGGGAAUUAUUUAUAGCUAAUUGCCGAAAUUCAUACCACCCACGAUUUUAUUUGACCAUUGACGAACAACUUUUGAGUUUUCGAGGAAAAUGUCCUUUUCGGGUAUACAUUGCUUCAAAGCCCGAUAAAUAUGGACUAAAAAUAGUAACCAUUUGCGAUGCUAAGACGUACUAUAUGUUUGAUGCGAUUCCUUAUAUUGGCAAGAGAACAGAGCAAAAAACAGCAGCAGAUUAUGUGAAGAAGCUAGUCCAAACUAUUAAAGGUUCCGGCCGCAAUGUUACCUAUGAUAAUUGGUUUGCAUCUAUACCUCUUGCUGAUGAGUUAUUGAAGGAUUAUAGCCUAACAACCAUCGGAACUCUACGUAAAAACAAACCGGAAAUUCCUCCAUGCUUUUUGGCUCAUAAAAGAAAGCAACCACUAACAUCUCAGUUUGCUUUCGAUCAGGAAAAAACACUUGUUUCUUUUACUCCAAAGAAGAAUAAGGCAGUUAUACUACUUUCAACUAUGCACUACAAAGCUGAAACAAACCCAGAAACAAGUAAGCCAGAAAUAAUACACGAUUAUAAUGCGACGAAAGGUGGUGUCGAUACAUUCGACAAAUUGAUGCAUUCAUAUACUUCGGCUAGACGUACAAGACGUUGGCCUCUUCGUUACUUUUAUGCCAUGAUUGACCAAGCUGGUAUAAACUCGAUGGUUCUGUAUUUUGACACCAAUCAUCCAAAUAUUUCAGCAGCAAAGAUGCGUAGUGAAUACUUAAAAAAGGUGGCGUUACAAUUAGCCAGACCGCAUAUGGAACGUCGUUUGCAAACAAUUUUACCUAGAGAACUAGCCAGCAGUAUUCGGGAUAUUCUGGGCAUCACAAAGGAAGUUUCUGCAGACGAACCGCCGCAAAAAUCACAAAAGCAGGCGAGAUGUGCACUGUGCCCAAGAAAUCGGGACAAAAAAGUUAAAGCUGUUUGCGAAAAAUGCCAUUUGCCAACAUGUCCCGAACACCGGAAAAAUCUGUGCCUUACGUGCAUUUAA